AUGUUGAAUGGGGCUCUCCUUUUCUUUUGCUUUCGUGCCAACCAGACACCAAGCACCAUAAGACCAAUUGCCAGAAAGCCCAUGAAUCCAAUUGCCAUGACAACUCCGCCCUUCAUGCUCCCACCAUUUCUGGAUAUUGUGAUUGCUUUAAUAUUUGGAGCAGGUGUAGUUGAUCUUGCAGUGGGUUUCUCAGGGGAAAUUGCUGGAGGCAGGGGAGAAGGUGGAAUAAGAGAUGUGGUGAUGGGAGAAGGAGAUGCCAUCGAAAGUGGAGGGGGAUUUAACAAGAAUGGAGUCUGCGAAGAAGCAGGUGGUGGUGGAGGAGGUAAUGCAGGAGAGGAAGGGCUGGUGAGCUAUGACUUUAUAGCAGGAGGAGGUGGAGAAACUGAGGUAAGUGGUGUUGGGACUACAAUUGGCAGAGGAGGAAAGGGUGAAAGAGUUAGAGAUGGAGGUGCUAUGCCAAAGGGAGGGGAAGGUGAUACUUGUGGGGGAGGAGGAGAUGAUAAGUUUAUAGAUGGAGGGGGGCACCAGGGGGUGGGUGGUGGUGGCACAGACGGAAGGGGAAGGAGGGAUGGAGGAGGUAAGGAAGAGGAAGGGGGCGGUGUUGAUAAUGGUGGUGGUGAUGAUUGGGGUCGGGGAGAAGGGGAGAGGUAA